UAACCAAUGAAGAAAUAGCGGCUUCUUGAUAGUCGUAAGCGAUUCCCACAGAUGAAAAGGAAGGUGAGCGGAGCUGAGUGUCUAGUAAAUACUGAACUCUUCAGCAGCAUAUGCCCACGUUUCGUGCAUCAAGAGGCUAAAUACAGGUUUCAAGAUGCAGUUCAUGCUGCUGUUCAGCCGGCAGGGGAAACUGCGGCUGCAGAAGUGGUACGUGCCGCUCUCGGACAAGGAGAAGAAGAAGAUCACCCGCGAGCUGGUGCAGACCGUGCUGGCGCGCAAGCCCAAGAUGUGCAGCUUCCUGGAGUGGAGGGAUCUCAAGAUAGUUUACAAAAGGUACGCCAGCCUGUACUUCUGCUGUGCCAUUGAAAACCAGGACAACGAGCUCAUCACACUGGAGAUCAUCCACCGAUACGUGGAGCUGCUGGAUAAGUACUUUGGCAGUGUUUGUGAGCUGGACAUCAUCUUCAACUUUGAGAAGGCAUACUUCAUUCUGGAUGAGUUCCUGCUGGGCGGGGAGGCCCAGGAGACCUCCAAGAAGAACGUGCUGAAGGCCAUCGAGCAGGCAGACCUUCUGCAGGAGGCAUGCUGGUUCCCAGUAUGGCUUCUGAGUCUUCCGGUCUGUUCCAGCACUAGAAGUACAGAGCUCCAACAUGACCAUUUUAAUCAGCCUGUGUGCUGUGUAAGCACCACUGCUGCCUGCCCUGCAUGCAGAUCCCUGCCCCCCCACCCCCCAGCACCUGGCUCAACGUCAUCCCCCUCAACAGCUGCAUCCUGGGACACAGUCAGCCCCCAUCCACAGCGAACUCACGCACUCACCCCUCACCGCUUUCUUUCCAGCCAGUCUUCUUUUUUUGUGGGUGUGUGUGUGUUUGUGUGCGCGCAUGUGUUAUUUUGGAUGUCAGUGGGAUUCUUACAUGGUACUGACUGUCGUUUCAUAUUAUUUGGUUUAGUUAGUAACAUGUUUGUUACCGCAUCUAAAGAGUACAAGUUUGUCAGAACUUCAGGCAUGCAUCUUACACAGGGCCCUGGUGUUUCAAUGCGUGCAUGUUGGGAGGAAUUAUCAUCAUCAUCUUCAAAGGCAUUGAAAUGAGCAUAUCCUGUAUAGCUUUUGAGGGUUUGUGUUUUUUGAUAGGGUGGCUCCAGUACAUAUUUUUGAGGGAAAAAAAUAGAGGUGCUUUGUAAUAUGCACGGCUAACCGAUUAUUAGAGCUUAGUUCUUAAAGUUGAAAGUUUUCACAGCAUGGUUAAAAUGUAUUUUACUCUGAAAAGGUAGUGUAAGUCUCUUGUUUCAUAUAUUGGUUUGAUUUAUGUGGCUAAUUUGUGGUGUUUUACAGGGUCUCCAUGUAAAACAUUGAGUAUGCAUAUGGUACAACACCCUAAAAAUAUGUAAUUCAGAACAGGUGGAAUAUUUUUACAGAUCGGAAUACUUUUACAGCAUGAAAAAUGGUAUGGGUGUUUUUCAUUUUGGCACAUAAAUUACAGUGUAGAGCCUUAAAUGUCACACACAUGGUCAUCUCAGGGUAAAUUAUUCUUUUUGUCUCAUUAUUGAACUUUUCAACAUUCAAAAUUAUCUCCCGUUCUAGGGGAAAAAAGUGUAUUUUGGCAAAAAGAGGUUUGCAUUGGAAUUGUUCCUACCUUGGUGAAAUAAAACCUUCAUGCGCAAGAAACUGUGGCCUCAAAUUCAUGCAGAUUAAACAUUAUAAUUUAACAUUGGGUCAGAAGUAAUCAUCAAACAUUUUGGUCUUACCAAAGUAUUACUCCAGUUAGAAUGAGACCUUCAAACAAGAAAAGGAUGCCGUAAAUUAAUGAAAUGUCAAAUUGUGAAGCCUCAUGUUGGAAGAAAAAUCAUGAUUGACUAGUUGUUUCUGCAUGAUGUUAUUCAUUGUAAAACUAGGAGCAUAAUGCACACAUUGUAUUACAAAGGAACAGCACAAAUUUGGUGGUUACUGGGCAUAUUAAAGAUACAAUAUUGUAUUUUACUGCUUUUUGGUAAACAUUAAAAAUGAGCUAUAUACUGUAUAUGCGUAUAGUUAUUGCUAACACUUGUGAAAUAUUUUGCUCGAUAUGCUUGUGACAUCAGUUGAGCUAAUAGGAGGCCCAUUUUGUGUCUGGACCCGAAUCAUUGCUGCUUGCAGCUGUUCUGAAAUGCAGAAUUCUGUUUUCCUCGUUGUGUUAAUGAACUUGUGUGGUGACCGGUUUAGUUAAUAUGUAUUUGGUAGUUGUAUGGAAUAAUAAAUCACGUCUUUAAGA